UUAUGCUUUUCAAGAAAGGUUCCACAACAGAAUGGCUUCAGAGCAACGUUCGUGCUCUUUCCCUGUCCACAUGGCACAAUAGCGAAGGCUACCUUCAUGGGACACGAGCAUUAAGAAAGAAGCCAAAGGGUUUGAACGUGAAUAAAUGGAAGAGCUUCGAAGAGGAGCAACGCGAAUCCGUGACAUCGAAGCUAGAAUUCUUCCGCCGCUGUCUGCGUUCGGAGUUCACCGAUUAAAAGGGCUCGUCAGGCUUUUCCCGCCGCCGCCGCCGCCGCUUACUCCUCACCCCACCCCCCCCCCCCCGCAAUUCUUGCUUCCAUGCAAGCAAGGAUCGAUUGAAGCCGAAUCGAUGUCUGCUUCAUCGGCCACGACCAGCCUCGUCGUUGAGCUUCUUUCUACUCCUUGGGAACUGGAGUGUGUUUACGUCAAUUUGUCCACUCUUGCCCUUGUCCGUUACAUUGAUUGAAGGCUUUCUCUCGCCAUUGCUUUCGUCGCGGUGCAGCGCCCAGGCUCCCGCAUUGUGUGCGUUGCGAUGAGGCUGAAUGUUGCGUCAGAUUUACCCCUUUCUCGAGUUUGAAGGAGGCUGCUCAUUUAUCAACGACUAGCGCAACAUUUUUGAACCUCUGAAAGAUUCCUCGGAAGAGAAGUCCGCGCUAAUGCUCCGGAGGAGGAAGGUGCAUUAAAUGAGUCUCGUAAUGCCAACGAUUAGACGCAACAGCAGAGAUUUGGCUCUCACAAUUGAAGAUGAGUUCAAGAAAAUUUUCUCUAGUGUUUCUUUCACUCUAUUCAAGGGCAAAGUGAGUGGCUAUGAUUCCUCCAGGCCCGAGGCUGCAUUUCUAAGUCCAGACCAAGACGCUGUUAACACGUUUUUCCUGAGAACAGGAGGAUUGUUACGACCUGAAGUCCGAAAUGCGUUGGAGACGUUCUUCAACAGCACGGUAAAAGCCUGUGAACUAUAUAGGGCGUUGCUCAAGAGCAUUCAGGAGGCGAGGCAGAGCCAAAGCAGCAUUAACCAGGCUUUGCAGAUUGUCCACAAAUUACAGCAAGAAGGGAAUACACCAAGCCAAAGCCUACACAAUUCUAUACUACUAGAAUUAAAAACAUUUGCAAACUCCAAGAAUCCGUUUACUCAGGAAACACUCGACCAGUUUCGCCAUGUUCAAGAGUGCUCGGAGCAAUUGGAAAGAGAGCUCAGAGAGAUGAAGCAUGCUUUGGGCCUAAAGCUUCGGAAAGAGAGAGCUCUAAGCAAGGUCUUGCCAUACCUCAUCCUAGCAGCUGGAAGCCCGAUCCUGCUCUGUUUGGCAGUUCCUGUUGCAUUGGCAGGAAUUAUCGUAUCAAAUGCCACGGUUGAUGCUAUGUCCACUCUAAAGAACUGGUGGUUCUCUGUAAGGGAGCGUUUCAGCAACAGUGAUCUUGAAGCUCAAUGUUCUCAGUUGGACGCAGCUGACAAGGGAAACUAUAUUAUCAUUCAAGACUUGAUGACAAGCAAACGGUUGGUAACACGGCUAAGGAACGAUGUCGACUGUACAAAGAGAAGGAUAUCGUUUUUUGAAGAAGCAAUGCAGAAUUAUGGCAGCAUGUGUGUGAUUGUGCACCAGUUACGAAUCAACGCAACUAACUCUGAACAGCAGAUGAAAGAAUUUAGCGAGCAGGUUGUGUUUUGUUGCAGAACAAUCGAGAAGGCUCGUAAACUCGUGUUUGAGAAAAUUACAGGUCAACCAUGGGAUGGACCCUUGCAAUUUUUCUCUGGAAGUGUAAGUUCUUCAGAUGAUGAUGUUUGAAAUGGCCUAUUUCGAUGGACUUGUUACAUGACUCACUAUAUGUUGUAUACACAUUAUAUAAGCAGGGAAUGUACAAUAAAGUAGGAACAUAUGACGACCUGGGCCAAUCAAGGAUGAUGUGUGUCUACUACGUGCCAAAGCGCCAAAAUUUAUGAAAAAAGUUUACGUCCAUCUCAACGAUGGUUUUACAA